AAUAGAAAAUAUAAGCAUGCUCGCCUCGUGAAAGAAAGAGGAGUCCCAUAUGAGAGUGAGAAUGCUGACAUGCCAUCUACACCAGCUACUUCCCACUUUGGUGACUCCUCAGAAAGUGCUGUCAAGGAGAGCUAUUUGCCACCUUCGAGGGUGCUGAAUGCUCUAGGCAUAUCCAAGGGCAACAGACUGGUGGCCCCAGACACCAAUGAUCCAACUACACAGGCAGAGUUCAACCAAAACAUCAUGACGAGCCACCCUUUUACAAGACCAUUAUCAUUUGAGACUGGUUGUCCUGUUUUGUUGAUUGACAACGAAGGGAAUGCAAUUGGCAGGGGGAAGAUCUUUCAAGUUGAGGGCGGGGCACAGAUCUGUACUAUCGAUGUCAUGGAGCUUAAGAUUGAGAAAUGGAGGGAGCUCCCUCACCCCUCCGAGACAUCUGGAAGAACGUUCCAAGAGGCAGAAUCGAGGCACGGUGGCGUGAUGAGGGUCGCGUGGGAUGUUGCCAGGGUUGCUCCUGUGGUGCCGUAUCCUGUGGUGCCAUAAGUUCAUUCUUUUUGCAGCAUGUAGGAAGCGGACCUCCCAUCUGGGCAUUAACAAAGUACAGCGAUUAAAGAGAACCUUCAAUCUAGGAUAUGAAGCCAUGAAUCUUCGAAAGAGGCUUUUAUGGCAAGCGAGCUGCUCGAGUUAAUAGUGUUUCG